AUGACUUCGUUGGGAUCGAUUGUAAGGCGUUUGAAGGGGAAAGUGGAGGAAUCAAAGUAAGUAAGGGGCUUUUAAAAGUUAACAAAGGACUUUACAGCCAACUAAAUGCAUUUCCAGACAGUUUUCCCUAAAAUAAGGCUUACUAAAUUGAUAAAAACUCGAAUGAAUCAAAUAAUUUUGCCACUUCCUUUAAUAAUUAAACACAAAAUGACCUACACUUAUCUUAUCCAUAGCAAAAUCUCCUAAAAAAACUCUAACGCUCAUUUCAGAUAUUCAAGUUACAUUAGACUUAUUCCUUAUCUAACCGUAGCCUUAUUGGCUCAUCUCUAUGUAACGUUGGCGUUUAUUCACGAUGUGGAUCGAGCUAUCUUCCCUUUAGUCAUCCUUAUUUUGGCCUACCUUAUCAUAUUUUACAAAAUUUUUGCUGUUCCGUUUCUGCAACAAAAACAUGUCAAGGAGAAGAUAAAAAACGCGAGAAGAACAGUUUUUGGGCUGAUUCAGAAAAUUCCAUUUCUUGAAUAGUAAGUUAAGGUAUUUUAUGCAGAGUAAGGUAUUUUAUGCAGAAACAAAAUGAUGUAUGUAUUUUCUUUGGUCGUUUGAAACUUUUUAGUCAUCAUUUUUGCCUUAAAAUGACAGUAAACUUUACGAUCUUUCAUUCCCAAAAUUUUAGUAUCGUGGGUGGAGUAGUACUCGCUGGAUUCUUCACUUGGUUGAUCAUCGAUUGCGCUGGAAAUUACACCAGAUUUCGGUCUUUGGGCGGAGUCUUGGUUUUCAUUAUUAUCUGCAUUUUAUGCUCAAGUAACCCCGGAAAAGUAAGUUUACUUUUUUCCUUGCAAAAUUUAGAUAUCUUACUGUGUAUUAUAUUUCAAAUAUCUUGUAAAAUAGUACAAUCUCCCUCCUUUCCAAAAUUUCCCAUUUCAGAUCAAAUGGCGGCCAGUUUUUGGCGGAAUAAUCCUACAAUUUACAGUCGGACUCCUUGUAUUGCGUUGGGAAACUGGAAACCAAGCGUUGCAAACCGUUUCUACCGAGGUAUACCAAAAUUUUUCUACAAGUUUUUUAUUUUUAGAUUGUCAGAUUUCUCCAUUACACCUUCGUCGGAACCCUUCAAACCUAUGGAUUUAUCGUUAAAAUGCCCGACAUUUGUGGGAUGGCCAUGGCAUUUGUAUUCACGUCUCUUCAAAUCAUCAUUUAUUUUGGAGCCGUGGUCUCAGUCCUCUAUUAUUACGGGAUUAUUCAAGUGGUUCUAUCGAAAGUUGCAUGGGUUAUGCAACAUACGAUUGGGACAACGGCGGCCGAAAGCUUGAAUGCCGCGGCUUGUAUAUUUUUGGGACAGGUAGGUAAAAGACGACAUAAUCAGGGGUAUCUGUAUCAUCAAAAUUCAGGAGCUUUCUCUUGACUUACAAAUAAAAAUAUGUAAACAUUAACCAUGACCUGCCCCAUGAAAUUUCAAUUUCAGACCGAAGCCGCCAUUCUGAUCGAGCCCGCUCUUCUCACCAUGACUGACAGUGAAAUUCAUACGGUAAUGACAGCAGGUUUCGCCUGCAUUGCUGGCUCUCUCUUCUCUGCGUACAUUGAAUUCGGCGCUUGUCCUACUCAUAUCUUAUCGGCUACUGUAAUGUCAGCGUCGGCUUCAUUGGCCAUAUCCAAGAUCAUAUAUCCUGAAGUCCAAAAAUCGAAGCAAAAGGAGUCAAAGACUUUUAAAUUCGCUGCCAGGGAGGCUAACAAUCUACUGGAGUGCAUAAGUAAUGGAGCUGUUCAUUCGGCUCAAUUUAUUGGCGCAAUUGCCGCAAAUUUAGUGGUCUACACGGCUUUAUUGUACUUGAUUAACUCGAUUAUGGGAUGGAUUGGGGAGUGUGUGGAUAUCCAGGAUCUUAGUCUGAAUGUGAGGAAAAAAAUUUAAAGUUUGACAAAAAAUCUCAAAUUUGGAAAUCUUCCAAUAACUCCGUCAAAAUUGCCGUAGGCAAUCCGAGAAUAUCAGUAUUUAAAGUAUGCUUCUUCCAGAAUUUCAGUACAAAUUUCGAAGCAAAUCCGUCUCGAUCCCUUUUAGUUAUUCACAUUUGAAUUUACCUUACUUUAGAAGCUCCUUGGCUACGCCUUCUUCCCCUUGGCCUACGCUAUGGGAACUUCUGAUGCCGAAGACCCGGAUGUAAGUCAAGAAUAGUAUCUUUAACGUAUCUUAGGUUGCAAUAAAAGAAACUUUAAAAGUCGCAGAGCUUAUGGGAGUCAAAACAGUUCUAAAUGAAUUUAUUGCCUAUCAAAAAUUGAGUGAGAUGGUCAAAACUGGCGAAUUGGUCGGAGUAAGUGAAAAUCAUUCAUCGUAUUCAUUACUAUGUUAUAUAAUGUACCAAAUAAAGCAAACUUUUGCAGGAAAGAGCCAGAAUGAUAGCGACUUAUGCGCUUUGCGGCUUCUCCAACAUCUCCAUGAUUGGAAGUCAAAUUGGAAUCUUAACUAGUAUGUGUCCCGAAAGGAAACAUAGCUUCUCCAAGGUAAAUUAGAAGGUUAUUAUGCUUUUUCAAGAGUUCACAAUACCGUUGGUCCUAAAAUAGGAGAACUUUUGUUACUAAAAAUAAUGUUUUAGGUGGCAGUCCGAGCUCUAAUCGCCGGGAUCUUCUCUUGCUUUACAACGGCGUGUGUGGCCGGUAAGAAAAAACAAUUUACGGUCUAAAUAGCCAUGAUUUUAAUUUAGGAAUAUUGGUUAGCACCCCAAAGGCAUGUACUUCCACGACAGAUCAUGGGAAAUGUUUGGACAUGUAUCAACUAGAAGACUAUUACCAAAGAUAUAUAAAUGGAACCCAUUAG